AUGAGUACAAACGAGAAUAAAAUAUCUCCCGCUAAAGAAGCGGCAGAUACAAGUUUGAAUUUCUCCAAGAAAACGUUACAAGAUUACGAAGUUAUAUCGGUUAUUGGAAAUGGAGCGUUUGGUACUUGUUUUAAGGUACGCGAUAAAGAAAAUGGAAACCUAUAUGCCUGGAAGGGUAUGGAUUAUGAUGAACUAAGUGAAAAUCAAAAAGAAUCUCUGGUAUCGGAAAUAAGAGUCUUACGACAAUUGCAACAUCCUAAUAUUGUGCAAUAUUAUCAUCAUUUGGUAAACUAUGAAGCCAAAUCUAUAUUCAUAGUUAUGGAAUGCUGUGAGGGAGGAGAUUUAUCCCAGUUAAUAGCUAAAGCUAAGGCGGAAAAUAAACGUUUCGAGGAACGUUAUAUAUGGCGCGUACUUUUUCAAGUAUGUCGAGCCCUUCAAGUGUGCCACAACAAAAUUAAGCAAGGAACGAUUCUUCACCGCGACAUCAAGCCCGCGAAUAUAUUUUUGGACAUGGAAGGCAAUGCAAAACUGGGCGACUUUGGUUUAGCACGUAUGCUAACACGUAAUGAAUCUUUUGCCGAAACGUUUGUGGGAACUCCGUACUAUAUGAGCCCGGAAAUUGUAAGAGGUUCCAAAUAUGAUCGUAAAUCAGACGUCUGGGCUGUGGGUUGCCUGAUAUAUGAAAUGUGCUCGUUGCGACCACCCUUUAAAGGCAAGGAAUUCACCCAGCUAUCGGCCAAUAUAUCGAUAGGAAAAUUUAGCAGCAUACCUGAUAUAUACUCAAAAGAUCUACAAGAAAUCAUAGCAUUUAUGUUGGAAGUGGAAAAUGAACUAAGACCUAGCAUAGAGGUGAUAUCACGACAUCCCAUACUUGUGCGUAACAUCAAUGAUUUGGGCAAUGAGUUCCCCAUUUUAGUGGAUAUUGAAAUGCAACAUCAAGAUUUUUAUGUAGAGUCCGACACUCAUAGUAAAUUGGAUUACAGCCCUCUGCGUGACUUUUCAAGUACUAUGUUUUCGGAACAAAAUAGUUUUAAUGAGGGAUAUGGCCAAAGACGUUUAAGCAUCACUGGUGUAUUUACACCCGAUUUAAAGGCCGAACUAUUUUACUCAGCGAAACGUAAAAUAUUUCCUCUCAAAUCAAAAUUACAACUGUCUGAUCCAGAAUUAUAUGAAAGUAUAAGGCGGGAGAAUUAUGCUACAAUAGACGAUGACUCUUUAAAAACCUCCAAUUUUAAACAUGUUAUCAGAAAACCUGAAACCAAUCACUCGGAAAAGUUAUACCAGCCUGAUUUAGUUACCCGCAAUGUGUUUGACGAUAUACUCCAAGAAAGACUACAUGCCAUACGAGCCCAAGAAUCUCUACUAAGGCAGCGGGAAGAAAAUCUUAAUGCUCGUGAACAACAAUUAAACGAAAAGGAAAAACGUUUGAUAGCCUUCGAGCAAAGUCUAGUUACAAAAUGUCAAUUAUUUAAGGAGGAAUGUAAUAUGAAAACAAAUUCCAUUGCACGAACAAUCAGUACAAAUGAAAGAUUGCGUAUGCCUCUACCGGAGGAAAAACCUAAUAUACCAAAUUUACCACCGCCAAUACCACCCCGAAAACCCACCAAUCAUGAUGAAACCUAUUGCACCAUAGAACCAAGUGAUACCACAUUACUGCAUCAGCCCACUGUGGCCAAAUUAAAUAUGGCUGCUUUACCAGCCGCUAAAGCUUUUCCCUCACUACGUAAGGUUACCUUUCAAUCACCCAAAAAGUUUAUUACUUACGAUGUUGACAACAAACCCAGUAAACUAUUAACGGGAGCUGGUAACAAUCCCACACAUAUGCAUUCUAGUACAUCAAGCAAGAGUAGUGAAGAUUCAUCGGAAAGUACAGCAACCUCGACUUCUUCAUCAGCUUCUACAACAAAACGCAAAUCGAUACUGUCGAUUUUUGGUUUAAGUCGCAACAAUAAAGAAUCAACAACCGCGUCGGCACCAUCCUCAUCAUCUUCGUCUACCAUAGUUCCUAAAACAGCUUCAACAUCUGCCAGCACAACCAUAAAGGAGCAAAAGGAUCAACGCGUCUCCACGAAAGAAGAACGUGUCAUCUCCAAAUGUGAAACCACCGAAUUAACCAACAUUUGGACCAGAGAACAUAAAAAGGCCGCCUUUGAAAUGUUAGCCGCUAUGAAUGCGGCUGAGCGUUCCAGUGAUGGUUACUUUGGUAAUGCUCCGCGUCAUAAAAUACGCCAAUCCGUUAGAGAUCGUAAUAGCUUACAACGUACUCGCCAACGACGCUCUCUGAUGGCACCAAACCGACCACCAACUGAUCUCCAAAGAGAACAAAUUGUAAUUUAAACGAUGAUACUAUGUUAUUUUGUUCUUUCACGGAAUUAAAAUUAUCUUUUUAAAAGAAACAGAAUGUGAUGAGGAAUAUGUUCCAAUAAAAUUUAAGCAAAAACAGUAUUUUUAACAUACAUAUGUAUGUAUGUAAAUUAGUUAAGUUAUUUUAAUAUUUCUAUAAAAUAAUAACUAAUAAUAAAUUGACAUUUUAUUUAAUUAGAAACCUAAA